CCGGCUUCCCCAAACGGCUGCAUUUCCGGGUUAUCGGCAAGCUGCUGAACUGGGAGAAUUGGAGAUGUGCUGGCUGUGGGUGACCGUCUUACUGGCUGCCGUAGUAGCCCAGCUAGAGGCUGUCCGAGAUGAGUUGCGCUUUGCCUCCUAUUAUGGCGAUCACAUGGUUCUCCAGCAAGCUCCAGAAAGUGCUGUGCUGUGGGGAUAUGGGGCCAGUGGUUCAAAAGUCGUCGUUACUGUGACAAACGGAACAAGUAACCAAACGAAAACUACCUAUGUGAAAAACGAUAUUUGGACAGUGACUCUUGAGCCCGUGAAGGCGGGGGGUCCCUACAGUUUGGUCGCCACACAGAUCAGCAAUUCCUCCAUGACUGUUAAACUGACGGACGUGCUUUUCGGUGACGUGUGGCUCUGUGGGGGCCAGAGCAACAUGGCUUUUACGGUCUCUCAGGUGAUCAACGCGAGCGAGGAGUUGGCCCAGGCUGUCAAAUACCCUCACGUUCGUAUUUUCACGGCCGCACUGGAGAAAAGUGAGGUGGAGCUGUUAGACCUGCCCAGAGUUGAUCUUCCAUGGACCGUACCUACUCCAGAGCUGCUGGGCCAUGGCAACUUCACCUACUUCUCGGCAGUCUGCUGGCUCUUCGGCCGCGACCUGCACCAGAACCUGGGCUACCCCGUGGGGCUUGUGGAGUCCUGCUGGGGGGGGACGCCGGUGGAGGCCUGGUCGUCCACCAGGGCGCUUAAGAAGUGCAGCCUUGCAGGGACGAAGGAUGGGAUGCCUUUAGUUGAGCAGGUGUGGGAGAACACGGUAUUGUGGAACGCCAUGAUCCACCCACUACUCAACAUGACAAUAAAGGGAGCCAUCUGGUAUCAAGGUGAGGACAACACAAACUAUCACCAGGACCAGUAUAAUUGCAGCUUCCCCGCCAUGAUCGAUGACUGGAGGAUGGCUUUUCACGAGGGGUCGGGGGGCCAGACAGCCUUAGACUUCCCUUUCGGAUUUGUACAGAUCUGCACUGACCAGAAGCAUUCUGUGAAGGAGGAGUUUCCAGAACUGCGCUGGCACCAGACGGCUGAUUACGGCUUCGUGCCCAAUCCCCGCAUGAAGAGGACCUUUAUGGCGGUCUCUCUGGACCUGCCUGAUGAGGAGUCACCAUGGGGCGGCAUCCACCCACGCUACAAACAGGAUGUGGCCCUCAGGUUAACACUGGGGGCCCGAGCCGUGGCCUACGGUCAGUCGGGCGUGUCUUUCCAAGGACCCUUCCCAGAAAAGUGCAUCUUGGACAACUAUCAGCUGAACGUCACCUUCGAUAAGGCGAUAUUUUUCAAUAAGUCCGUGAAAGAAGCCCUGUUCGAAGUCUGCUUCUCUGAGGGCCAGGAGUCAUGCAAGCCGUCCACAAACUGGACGUCGGCCCCUGUCACCGACUGGGACCAGAACUCUGUCCUGCUAAAGGUGGGGGAAUAUGCCGGUUCUGUGGCAGCUCUCCGUUACGCAUGGAGGGACUGGCCCUGCGAUCUGAAGAGCUGCCCGGUCUACAGCGCCGACAGAGUUCUGCCAGCUCCCCCCUUCAUCCUUCAUCGAUGGCCGCAGUAGGAUUGGGGGAAAAUGGCUGCUAACGUCUCGAGAUGACUAGUAAUGAUGAUCAGGAGAAUGAUUUUGAUCCAAAGAAUAUCGCUUGUUUAUGAAGGACGACCAGCCGCCCGUCGCUAAGGUCACCACGCAUUCUGAUACAUGACUGUGCCAACUCCGCUGCCAUUUUCAUCUCUUCCUGAUUUCGGUAUUCAUGGGUCAAAUUUUUGCAUUCAUGUUGCGAUGCUGUAGUAGAGUUUCGGCGCCUGACCCUCUGACUGUUCGAGUGGUUUCGGAAUUCCGAAGCAAAAUCAUCUUCUUGGGGGAAAAUUAAGUGAAAUUGCACUCCUGUUUUUUCCAACGGAAACGGGAGGGCAGGGGUUUCAUCUUGAGCCAGAGAAGACGGAAAUGUCUUCAGGAAUCAUAUCUUUAUCGUGAUUGUUUCCAUGAUUCUUUAUAUAUGGCCUUUCUUUAGCGUUACUUAAAUGCGGUGUGUGAAAUGACACUUAAUGACACUGGAAAUGUGUGGAGAACAGCACUUUACCUCCUUUAAACCUCUGUGUGUUAAGGUGAAAUAAAUGACAGCUUUUGGAAAA